GUGAGCUGAUGCGUUGUAGCUAAUAAUAUUUUGUUCAUAGCUAGAAUAUAAAAGGAUGCAUAGUCCAUUGCCUUGCAGUUAGCUGUUUGUAGAUUACACGGUUGACGUCCCUUAGAAGAUUAUUCUCCAACACAUAGGAAAUAGUACUUUUAUACACAUAAUUAGAAAAUGUAACUAUAUCAGUCUUUCUGAGUCGGAAGAACACUGUACGUUAGCUAAGCUAACUAGCUAGCUCGCCGCAGUUUCUGGAAAAUUCUACGGACGUCCUUUGGUCACGCGUGAGUCUCGCUUGUGUUUAUCUGCUGGUUGAGGUGGCAUCAAGCGUGAAUGUAAAGCCUACCACGCCCCUUACUGAGCUGAGACUGUAUAAACGAAAAAUAAAAUAAACGCCCUUUAUUUGAUAGGACUGCUGUGGGGAUUACACUUGCAAGAAAUAUUACCCGUUUUUUCCCCAUUUUAGCCCUAGCUACGUAUUAGGUUGUACCUUAAGAUAACCGUAAGCUAUCAUUUUCGGCUGAAUGAGAGAUUUCAGGAUGGUGUCUAAAGGUGAUGGAAUUUUCAGGGUUUGCCGAUAAGACGCUCGUCUUAACAUCUGUUAUUUCCCUGGGCGUGAUGGAAUGAACGCGAGGAAUGUAAACUCUAUCCUAGACUAGACCAGAGGCCUGAAGCAUCUUCCACAAAAUAACCUGCUGUGCUUCAUGAGGGUACCGUUGGAUUAAUUAAACCUAAAUGCACAAACCAAAUAGAAAUUCACCUGGCACAUGGUGGAUACGUCUGUUUCCUUCCAGAAAGACAGCAAACCAAGGGAUUAAAAGACUUUUGUUGAGUUUGUUCAAAUAAUAUUUUUCCUCUAGGUAUACCUUUUUAUGAUGUUUUGAACUCUACCAAUAAUCAUUGAAACAUGGGGUCAGCAAUGGAGAUAGCAGACAUUACAGUUGUCGCACUUUAUUUUAUCCUUGUGCUUGCCAUUGGCGCCUUUGCCAUGUGGAAGGCCAAUCGCAGCACUGUAAGUGGCUACUUCUUGGCUGGCCGAACUAUGAACUGGGUGGUGAUUGGAGCAUCACUGUUCGUCAGCAACAUUGGCAGUGAGCACUUCAUUGGCCUGGCUGGUUCAGGUGCAGCAAGUGGCUUUGCUGUAGGUGCCUGGGAGUUUAAUGCCCUCCUUCUCCUUCAGCUCCUGGGAUGGAUAUUCAUCCCAGUCUAUAUCCACUCUGGGGUCUUCACCAUGCCGGAGUACCUCUACAAACGUUAUGGGGGCAAGCGGCUAAAGGUUUACUUUGCUAGCCUUUCCCUUUUGCUAUACAUCUUCACCAAACUCUCCGUAGACUUGUACGCAGGAGCUCUCUUCAUUCAGGAGUCCUUAGGCUGGCAUCUGUACCUGUCAAUCAUCUUGCUCAUCACCAUGACAGCACUGCUGACAGUAACAGGUGGUCUGGUUGCAGUGAUCUACACUGACACUCUUCAGGCAGUGCUCAUGAUCUCUGGAGCUUUGACCCUCACAGUCAUCAGCCUCGUCAAGAUUGGAGGAUUGGAAGGUGUCCGACAGAAGUACAUGCAGGCUAUUCCAAAUGUCACAGCCAUCCUCAUGCACCACAACUAUAGUUUUACAUACACCAACUCAUGUCGCAUUUAUCCAAAGCCUGAUUCCCUUAAGCUAUUACGAGGCCCUCUUGAUGAGGACAUCCCCUGGCCAGGGUUUCUUUUGGGCCAGACGCCUGCAUCCAUUUGGUACUGGUGUGCUGACCAGGUCAUAGUACAGAGGGUACUUGCUGCCAAAAACAUUGCCCAUGCCAAGGGCUCUACCCUUAUGGCAGGAUUACUGAAAAUUCUUCCCAUGUUCAUCAUAGUCAUUCCAGGGAUGAUCUCCCGGAUCAUGUUUGCCGAUGAGCUUGCGUGUAUUGGACCAAAGCACUGCAUGGCUGUGUGUGGCAGUCAAGCAGGAUGUUCCAACAUUGCCUACCCUCGACUGGUCAUGAGCAUAAUGCCAGUGGGCCUGCGGGGGCUGAUGAUGGCAGUCAUGAUUGCUGCACUCAUGAGUGACCUAGACUCCAUCUUCAACAGCGCGAGCACCAUUUUCACCCUGGACAUCUACAAGAUGGUGCGGAAGUGUGCCUCAUCCCGUGAGCUCCUAGUGGUGGGCCGACUGUUUGUGAUCUUCAUGGUGACCAUCAGCAUUGCUUGGGUGCCUGUCAUUGUUGAGAUGCAAGGUGGUCAAAUGUACUUGUACAUCCAGGAAAUGGCAGGAUACCUGACGCCACCCAUUGCUGCUCUGUUUCUGCUUGGUGUCUUCUGGAAACGCUGCAAUGAGACUGGUGCAUUCUGGGGUGGCCUGACUGGCUUUGUUCUGGGAGCCACACGUCUUCUCCUUGGCUUUGCCUUUCGUGAACCCCGGUGUACUGAGCCAGACGAACGCCCAGCUUUCUUCAGGCAAGUUCACUACAUGUACAUUGCUGCAGGGCUGUUCUGGAUCUCAGGCCUUGUGGCUGUGGUGGUUAGUCUUUGCACACCUCCCCCAAACAAGGAGAUGAUCCAGCGUACAACUGUCUGGGGGCUACGCAAUAUGGAAAAGCUAUUGGUGACUCAGCGGGAAGAGAUGUACAAGCUGACUAGUCCAGUCUACUGCAAUGGCAAUGUCAUGCCCCAGAAAGACCUGCCUCUGAGUGUCCAGAAAGAACGAUGUCUUGAUGAUGGGGCUGAUGUAAAGCUCCUCAUGCCUUCCCCAUGUGACCAGGUUUCUGCCACCCCUAGCAUAAAUGCACCCACUCCUGUGGAGGCAUAUAGCAAUGGGCGUGCAGCGCCAAUAGGGCAGGAGGAUAUUGGGCAAGGUGUGUUUGAAAAGAGCAUAUGUCUUUUUGAUUGGCUCUGUGGGUAUAAGGAGCAGUCUGCAGCUUCCACAGCCAAAGUCAUUGAAGAGGAUGAAAUCAUCAAGGUGAUGCUUUAUGAACCUCCCAAAGUCAAGCUUCUGCUAAACCUGGGCCUCAUAAUAGUUUGUUUGUUGGGAAUCUUUAUGUUUGUUUACUUCUCUCUGUAACAUGCUGAUAUUUCUCAUCAGACAGUGCACAAGGCAGCAUCUUUACUGUACAUGUACGUUUUGUUAUAAAAGCUAGUUUUGUUUUGUUUUGUUUUUUAAACCUCAAUGUCUCAAUAUCAGAUCGGCGAAUUAUUAAAUGUUCCAAAAGGUGUUGCGUCAAAGUGACCAAAAGCACUACUGAGACAUUGGGCCUUUAUUAUAUUAUUUCUUUUCAAGAGUAUGUAUUGUAGAAAUCUGAACUCUGCCUUAUUUAAUGUAAGCACUCCCUUAACUAAAAGCCGAGCAGGCCCCCAGCAUUUAUUUUUUGGGGGGAUCAUUUUGUAUCAGUGUGCACUUAGUGGGGUUGAGGCUGUCUAUUGUAUAAGCAUUUAUAGUUAUUGCUCCAUUAAGAUCUACUGAAUUUCCAAAAUUUGACAGCAGUGGUUAGUUUCUCAGAAUGUUUUGUACAGUCCUAAUAAUUGUUUGCAGAGCUAUAUGCCAUAACUAGUGUUGUGAAGUUUGUCUUGACUUACAUGCUAGAAUUAUCUUAACAGUACCUUUCUAAGUCUGAGUGAUCAGUAAUUUUAGCUAUAGACAUCUCAUGGUCAUGUAUUUUGUUGUAUCAGGCUGAAGGUCCUCAACCUCUAAGAGCAAUGUUUUGUGUACAAAGGUGUUCUGUAGAAACCACCAAAAUGCCUUCUCUUCAAGUAGGGAGAAUAAACUUCAAAAAGCACAUCCUCAUUAUUUUGGGGAUUUGAUCAUGUGUGAAGGUGACCAAUGUCUCAACAGUCUUGUAAUCGACGCAAAUGCAUACCAUUUGCAUACCAACAGUGCAGCCUGUUUUCCUAAGGAUACCUAAGGAUAUCAAAUGGUUUGCUUCCUCAGGACAAAUAUUGGCCAGAAGCAGCUGAAUUUGAGUAAUAUGUGAAUGCAUGUGAUGGUAUCCCAAAAUGUGUUGACUAAGACCCUGGGAUAUCCAAUUUUGAUUGCUAUGCAAAAUAAUAUUUAGUUCUUCUAGAGGAAGACUUUAAUUUGUGGUUGCAGGAACAGGCAUUGUCUGUUCUACUGCUUCAGAAUGCACUGUUUUGCAGAUGUUGGUUAUUGACAAAUGAAGGUAAGAAGGGUAGGUAACCAAAGAUGACAGUUUUGUAGUUGGAAUGUGUGUGUGUGUGUGUGUGAUAUAUAAAAUAUAACCUUUGUGUGUCACAGCUGGAUGCUUUUUCCCCUCCUGGUUGUGCGGUUCAAUGUUGGCAGUACAAAUAUCUCCCAGCUCCAAUUGGAAUGUAACUGUUUUAAACAUUAAAUAUCAAGUGGUACUGCCAAAACUGAAUGGAUUUCUGGUCAUGUUUUAACAAAGGAUGAUAGGAUGCUUUUGAUAUUUUUCCCAUUCAUCUACUAUUAAUUGCCACCUAAAAAGGUCUGUGUUGGCCCACAGACAUUAGUCCUGAAGGUCCAUAUGGGACACUAUGGUUAAAUGAAAGUUAGAGAAAAUGUAUACCUAGGUAUGGUCCACCAGAAACGUGAUUAAAUGGCAAAAAUGUGUGUACUUUUAUUUAUCAGUGAUCUCAAAUGUAUGAAAAUGGAAAAUAAAAAGAUUUAAAUGUUUUGCUUGUAUUUUUAUUGUUCUUAAGAUAAUGGGUUAAUCUAUAAAUGGGGCUGUUUUAUUUCUUGAAAAUAUUCAUUAAAACAUGCCCAAGCUGACCCUGUUUAUUUUAUUGAUUAGCCUGAUAUUUGCCAAUAUUUCUGAUUGGCAGUUUGGUGAACUGUGUCACUUGGACAGGAAUCUACUACUGUAACACAACUCUCUGGGCUUUAGCAGAAACUGGCAAUGGUAUAUUCCAUGAUAACAUAUGUAUGUGAACUUCACAUAUUUCUAAUUUUUUUUUUUUCCAAAGCAGUUGUUCAAGUAAGUGACAGAAUGAAAGCAUCCAAAUGCUACAUUUCUACUUACAUUGUUGCUGGGGGGAGGGGGUCUUGGAGAGGGAGAAUAAAAUCAAAUCCUUAAAUUCCCUUAGAAUAUAAGGUUUUUUGAUUCUUUAUUUUUUAAUAUAGCCUAAGAGGUAGGCUGAGGGUCUGUCUGAGAACAUACAUGAGGAGAGACUGAAGCAUUGCAUUGUUAGGAUCAUCUUAACAGAGCGAGAGAGUUCAAUAUGAUUCUCCCUCUAUCUUUUAAAGUUAUCUCUGUUCUAAUGCCUUUGGGAAGCAUUGGUCCUUGAAAUUGACCUUCAUUUUUUUCAUACCCACUUCCUGCCUGAAGAGUGCAGCUAUGUUUAUCGCAACCAACUCAUUUGCACUGGAGAUCCAUCUGGCUUGGUCUGUCAUAAAUAAUGGUUAAUUCUUUUUUUUUUUUUUUUUUGCUGUGUCAAAUCUUUUCCUUUUAUUGUGCUCUCUUUGGUUCUUAUGAAGUCUAAAUUCGCUGGGACCCUUUGUAGACCUUCCAUUGGGGCACAAGGCUGUGCUUUUUUCAUAUGUUUGUUUUUCAUUUUAGUAUUUUUUCUUUGGCUGGUUUUAGUUGACUGCAAAAUCAUUGUAAUUUGUAUUUGAAUUUUAUAUUGUUUUACAUUAGUAUUUAUAAAACCAAAUGUGUCUUUAAGAUGGUUUGUUCUUUUGAACUUACAUUUCAGAGUGAUGAACAAUGCAUUUACCAAUGUUUAUAUUCCCAAUAACUUAAAAAAGGUCUAGAUCACUGCAUUUGCUGAAUCAUGGAACAAGGGUCUUGUACAGCUGUAUGCCUUAUAGGCUGGUACGUGUUUUGCUUUCCAGUCCUGUGCACCUUCACUGUGUUGCUGAAAUCGAGUCAUCAAAAUUGCAGAGCUCACACAGUGAGCUUGAUGCUUUAAAUCACUUGUUUGUUCAACUAUCAAGAAGUAGAUGUAAAUAUUCGCUAUUUUAAAAAAAUAAAGGAAAAUUUGAGAUGGA